CUGACCAGUGCUACUAGAUACAGCUUCACUCUCUUCACUGUGUUUGAUUACGCCAGAAGUGAUGGAUCAACUAUCACUGCAGUCACUGCUCCUGAGGCCCCAGCAGAGUUUGACCCAGUAGAACAAACUGAGACCAGUAUAACUCUGCAGUGGAAACCAGUAAAAAACGUCAAAGAUUACAUAGUCACUUAUAAAGACACCAUAAUAAAUAUUACAACAUCAGAUGAAACUGUGACACAAACUAUCUCAGGUCUGGACAGUGGAACCAGAUAUGAUUUCUGGAUCUUCAGUGUGUUUGAUUACGCCAGAAGCAGAGGAACAACAAUCUCUGCACCUACUGAAAUCGACUGCAGUGCUGUAACCUGGAGUGUCACCAACUCAUCAAUCCAGGGAACAGUUGAAGGCUUGUUCUCCAAAGCUUUGGCCUCUAAUGGAUCYSAAACUCUCACCAGUCCUGAAGGGAAAGAYGUGAAAUUUUCUGGCCUCCAUCCUGGAGGAACCUAUAAUAUUUCUCUACUGUAUGAAACAUCGUCUGAACUUUAUCCACAGUGUAGCAUCAACAUACCCAUCAYUCCUCCUUCUAUAUUUCCUCACUGCAGCUUCUGGGGUUCUGGCUACAGCGCUCUGAUUAAAUGGACCGAACCGGAUGGUGUUUGGACGACAGGUGAACUCACCAUAAAUGGGAAAACUGUCACUUUAAACCCAAAAGAGAAUCAGGUCAUUGUGGACGGACUUCAACCUGCCAAAACGUAUAAAGUCUCUGUGAAUUCAAAGCUGGAAACUGAAGCUGAUCCCUUAAGAUCUGAAUCAUUUAUUUUCUCCUGUUCGACUGAUAACAGAGGAGUCAUUGGAGGAUCUGUGGUCGGCGUUCUGCUUUUUGCUCUUCUCAUCUGUGUGAUUGUAUUUAUUGUCCGUAAAAAGCCAGAUAUUAUCCGCAGAAAAAAGUCUUUCUUCUCUGCAUCCAAAAAGUCAGAUUCAAAGGGGAAAGUCAUCAUCCCUGUAGCCAAGUUCCCAGAGCACUACCAGCAGCUGAGUUUGGAUGAUAACCGAGGUUUCAGUCAGGAGUAUGAGUCCCUCGCUCCUGCUGGCACGAGCCAAACCCAAACAGCUGCGAGUCUGCCAGAAAACAGAGGGAAGAAUCGCUUCACCAACAUCCUUCCAUAUGAUUGGAGUCGAGUGAAACUAAAUACAUCGACUCCAAACAAUACCUUGGACUACAUAAAUGCUAAUUACUUACCAGGCUACAGCAGCAGCAAAGAGUACAUCGCCUGUCAGGGCCCUCUGCCCAACACGGUCGCUGAUUUCUGGAGGAUGGUUUGGGAGCAGAAAGUGAAGAGAAUCGUCAUGGUUACCAACUGCAUCGAAGCAGGGCGGACCAAAUGUGAACAAUACUGGCCUGAAGACAGGAGCCCUUGUGCUCAUGGAGAACUGAUUGUCUCCAAAACGUCUGAGGAGAGAGAGUCCAACUGGGUUCUGAGGGAGUUUAAAGUGAAACAUACGAAGGAUUCAGAGGAACGGACGGUGAAGCAUUUCCACUUCACCGCCUGGCCUGACCAUGGAGUCCCUCAGGGCACAGAAGUCCUGAUCCGUUUCAGAGGACUUGUGAGGAAACAUAUAGAGAGUGAAGGGAGCAAAGCACCAACCGUGGUUCACUGCAGUGCCGGGGUGGGCCGCACGGGCACCAUCAUCGCCCUGGACGUCCUGCUGCAGCAGCUGCAGCAGGAGCGGGCUGUCGGCAUCAACAGCUUCGUCUACAAGAUGAGGCAGCAUCGAUCUCACAUGGUGCAGACGGAGUCCCAGUACGUGUUCCUGCACCAGUGCAUCAUGGACAGCCUGCAGUCGUCAGGCGGCCAGGAGGAGAACGUUUACGAGAACGACGACCUUAUAUACGUCAACGCCACGGCGCUCCGACAGCUCCGCUGACCCGACGGCGCCGGUUCAGCCCAGCACUAAGACUUGAUGCACAUAAUGACAAGCUAACAGUGUCAUUAUAUAAAGCUCACUUAUACAUGG